AUGGACCCACUUAAAGCCCCAGGCCCAAAUGGUCUUUCAAUCUUGUUUCUUCAGAAAUUUUGGCAUAUAAUUGGUCCUGAAAUUAGCAGUACGGUGUUGGAAGUCUUUAACAACCAAAAAGACCUGAGAGCUAUUAAUAAUACUCACAUAGUCCUUAUCCCGAAGUGUAAAAAUCCUGCUAGCCCAAAGGACUUCGGACCCAUUAGUCUAUGCAAUAUGGUGAUGAAGUUGGUUACAAAGACUGUUGCUAACAUGAUUAAACACAUUCUCCCUGAGAUUAUUGAUGAAGAGCGGGGUGGCUUUGUUAAAGGUACGCUUAUAACGAAUAACGUGUUGGUUGCAAUGAAAUGUUUUCAUUGGAUGAAGAAGAAGACAGAUGGGAAACGCGGCGUCAUGCCUUUGAAACUUGAUAUGUUAAAAACAUAUGAUAGAUUGGAGUGGUGUUUCGUCGUUGAAGUUCUUAGCUCGAUGGGUUUCCUAGUUUAUAUGGCCAAUCUCAUUAAGAAGAAGAACGAGAUACUUACACCUACCAUCCUCCAUCCACACAUGCCUACUGAUAUUGGGGCAUUAAAGAGGUCUUGGAUGCAGUUGAGAGAAGAACGAGAUACUUACAGAGAAAAGUAUCACGAGCAGGAGCGGAAGAUUCUAAAGCUUACAAGACAGCUGGAGAAUGAGAAGGUCCUCAAUGACUAUGUCAGCACAGGAGGCAAACGACCAUGGGAGCGCUGA